CAUGCAGCGGCCAUGGACUCCCAUGUCAUGAAGCCCCCGACGCAGCAUUUUGAGAUCUGUUUGCAGAACUGUGACUGCAGCUCUGGCUGUGACUGGAGUAGAAGUGAAGAUGUAGCUUGAUCCUUGCUUGAAGCUGCACUUUCCAUGAGCCGCCAGAUCCAGGGUCACAUGCUGAUAGUUUACACAUACCCAGCAUUCCCUGGAGAGUAACCCUUUGCUGGCUGGCGGCUUCCUGCUCUGAGGCCUGUGCUGGGGGGGGGGAGCAGUAAUGUUCACCGUGUCCCAUAUGAUGUAAUGCAGGCAGAGGUGUGAUCCUGGGCGGCCGCCCCCGAGUUCACCUGGGGACUGUAUGUUCCUUUCCCCGCAGUCUUGUGGUAACUCGCUGUUCGCGUCGUUUUCUCCCUCAUGUGAGGAUACGGCUUCUGAUUAACACUUUGUGUGCUGCCGCCCCAGCUCUGUCCACGUGGUGCUACGUCCCUGACUGUUACUCCUGCAGGUGUCUGAGGUGGCGACACGACCGGCCUCGCUGUCUUAUGGGGUCCCACGGCAGAGGGAUGGAUAAAGGUCGUGUGUCUUUUCUUCCUGUGACCUGAGCUGCCCUCCUGGAUAAUUAGGUUCUGAAAUAUCACGACUGCUCUAGGACGGCAGAGUUUCCAGGUUCCAGGAAUGUUGCAGUCCAUCAAAAUGCUGCGGAAGAACAUGGUGGAGCUGCUGGCUCGAGGAGCGCAGAACCCCCCUUUCCGUCUGUCCUUAUUGCUGCGGCUCCAAUCCACCUCUGCCACAGACCAACACCAUGUGGAGCUGGCCAGAGAGAGGUCCAAGACCGUCACCUCCUUCUACAAUCAGUCCAGCAUCGACAAGGCCGCAGAGAAGCCCUCUGUGCGUCUCACCCCCACAACAAUGCUGUACUCCGGACGGUCUCAAGAUGGCAGCCACAUCCUGAAAAGUGCCAGAUAUCUGUACAAGGAGCUCCCUGUCCGCAUCGCGCAUCGGAUCAAAGGUUUCCGCAGCCUCCCAUUCAUCAUUGGCUGUAACCCAACCAUACUCCACGUGCAUGAGCUUUAUAUCAGUGCCUUCCACAAGCUGAGCGAGUUCCCUCCGAUCACAGACCAUGAGGUGGAGAGCCAGUACUGCAAACUUCUCCGGCAGCUGCUCGAUGACCACAAGGAUGUAGUGACUCAGCUGGCCGAAGGUCUGAGAGAAAGCCGGAGGCAUAUACAGGAUGAGAAGGUGAUCAGAUUCUUCUUGGAUAAAACAUUAACUUCGCGACUGGGGAUAAGAAUGCUGGCCACCCACCAUUUGUCCCUGCAUGAGGAUCUGACGGAUUUUGUCGGUAUAAUCUGCACCCGUCUGUCGCCCAAGAAGAUAAUAGAGAAGUGGGUGGAUUUUGCCCGACGCCUCUGUGAACACAAGUAUGGGAACGCUCCGCGGGUGCGAAUAAACGGCCAUGUGGCGGCCCGCUUCCCAUUCAUCCCAAUGCCCCUGGAUUACAUCCUCCCAGAGCUGCUGAAGAACUCGAUGCGGGCCACUAUGGAGAGUCACAUCGAUACUCCCUACAACGUCCCGGACAUCUCCAUCACCAUCGCCAACAACGACAUCGACCUGAUAAUCCGGAUCUCUGACCGCGGCGGGGGCAUACCUCACGACCACCUGGAGAGAGUUAUGGAUUACCACUUUUCCACCGCGGAGACCAGCACUCAGGAUCCUAGAAUCACCCCGGUUUUGGGGAAUAUGGUUGACAUGGUGAACAGCGGCCAGUCUGGACCCAUGCAUGGGUUUGGGUUUGGUCUCCCCACCUCCCGCGCUUACGCCGAGUACCUGGGUGGCUCUCUCUGCAUUCAGUCUCUUCAGGGCAUUGGUACGGAUGUGUACCUCCGCAUCAAGCACAUUGACGGGAAGGAGGAGAGCUUCCGUAUAUAAUGGUGGGAAGACGCAGCAGGCUGGCCUUUUUUCUCAAAGGCCCUCAGCCUGGUCACCUCAUGGACUUCAGGAAGAGCCUAAGCCCUCCACCUGUUUCUACUGAGGGUCGCUCCUCACUGCUGGUGCUGGUGGCUGCUGCUUACUACCAGAAGACCCUUCAACAGCUCUGGUGUUGUUAACCUCGGAUUCUUGAGGAGACUUGUAUUUUACGGCAGUUGAGUGAUCUAAUCAUCUUGAGAUUCACCCCAGUGUCAAACAUUGAAUGGGUUCUAUGGAAUAGACGCAAAUGAGAUUAAGGAACAGGUUAAAUGUCACCUGGAUGAGGAGACCACCUCAUCUUCUUUUGUCAGCCACUCGCCUUCUGCUCGCAAGAAUUUUGGUUUAUUGAGGUGAUUGGAGCCAAAAAGCAGUAAAUGAACAAUUCCUCUUGUGCAGCGGAGGUUCCCCGCGGCUCCCGUGUGGUCUUCUGCAGCGGAGGUUCCCCGCGGCUCCCGUGUGGUCUUCUGCAGCGGAGGUUCCCCGCGGCUCCCGUGUGGUCUUCUGCAGCGGAGGUUCCCCGCGGCUCCCGUGUGGUUUUCUGCAGCGGAGGUUCCCCGCGGCUCCCGUGUGGUCUUCUGCAGCGGAGGUUCCCCGCGGCUCCCGUGUGGUCUUCUGCAGCGGAGGUUCCCCGCGGCUCCCGUGUGGUCUUCUGCAGCGGAGGUUGCUUGUCCUAUGAUGUAACGUAUAGCACUUACUGUCCCCAUUACGCUGAUUGUCCAGGUGUCUAGCAGUAAUCAGAACCCGCUACUGUUCUCCUCUGAUUUUGUCCCCCUGUGCGGUUCUCGUGGGGAGGAUCUAAUAGUAUAUUUAGUGAUGCAGACUUUUUUUUUACUGUUUUUGUGUUCCAAGGGUUAAGUUCACAUUGUUGCCGCCAUUACUGGUUCAGCGUCGGUCCCGUUCAGCCGGUCGCCGUGUGUGUACGGAUCAUGCUCAUGGGUUCUUGAGAACUUGGCACCAGAAGUCAUCUGUUGAGUACUUCGGGCCCCUGCGCUCACCUCCUCCAGGGCAGGACACGGUCCUUGGUGUUGAUUUCUUCUGCCAUAUGAACAUCUCGGCGGUGGCUCCUGUGACAAUCAUGUAUUAUUAUCUAUUAAAGGGGUUGCAACAUGAAAAAUAUUCUACACUUUUCAAACCAGCUCCUGGAGCGGAAUACUUUUGUAAUUGCAUGUAAUUAAAAAUGAAGUGCCGCCA